AUGCAGCGCCAGUCGCCCACGCAUCAGGAAACUCCGUCUGCAUCUCCCUCUGGCUCCAGCAGGGCGGGCCAUGCCCAUCCUCAUCACCCCGCGCCUUCGCGCAUCCGCCGCCGGAAUCGGCUAAUCACCUCAUGCCUCGAGUGCAGGCGGCGGAAGCUCAAGUGCGACAAGCAACACCCAUGCAGCAAUUGCACCAGAUUCUCCCGCGACUGUGUCUUCUUGGCUCCCGCCUUGGACGCGGCCUCGCAGCUCAAGCUGGCCGAGAUCAAAGAGAAGAUGGGCUCGCUGGAGCGCACCCUUGAAGAAGACAUAGCGAAAAGAACAACCGGGCGCUCUCGCUCCAGCUCGAGACUGGGCGCCCACCUGCCCGGUCUCGGCGAUGGCUCUAGUGAAGAGGAUCUGAGCGAUCCCGAAGAUGAGAGAGGCCUCGAGCCCACUCCCUUGGCCACUGUAGAUGCCGCAUAUGAUGACAAUGCCGACGACAAUUUCGUCGACCUAGGCGUGCAGUUUGGAAGAAUGAGAAUCACGGAGAGAAUCGGCGGCUUCGUACGGCCGAAGCUCGCGCAGGAGGUUGCUGAAGCCAUCACAGAAGUGCCAGACUUGCAGGGUCCAAUGCAGCCACACCCUCUUGCCCCUCAGGUCCACCCGAGUUCGUAUCUGGUUCCGGGUCCGGAUUACCUGGCUCCUUCAGCAAGUUUUUUCUUUGCCCCUUCAGUUCGGAAGAGCAACCUUCUUCAAUCUCUUCCAGCAAAGUCCAUGGCAGAUACGUUGCUCAAGCGAUAUUGGGUGGCCGUGCACCCUAUAGCGCCAACGGUCCAUCGCCAGUCGUUUGAGAGACAGUACGCUUCCUUUUGGAAAGACAUUGCAACCGGGGUCGAGCCAAGAGCGUCAUUGCAAUCUCUAGUGCUCGCAGCGAUGCUUUCUGCAGCAGUCAGUUUGUCGGAAGAGACGGUUACGAAUGAGUACGGGACCUCUAAAGCCGAACUUGUCGACAGUUUCAAAGAGGGCACGGAGGCUGCAUUGUCACGAGCAAAUGUCGUGCGAACCACAAAGUUUGAAACCUUGCAGGCCUUUGUCAUGUACUUGAUACCUCUCUGCCGCACUGAGAUCUCUCGUGCCCAUUCUGCCCUCACUGCCAUGGCUAUCAGACUGGCAGAAUGCAUGGGGCUUCACCGCGACGGAACGCAUUAUGCAAUGCACCCGGUUGAAACCCACGUGCGGCGGCUUGUCUGGUACCAACUAUGCUUUCUUGAUAUCCGAGUCUGUGAAGCCAGUGGCCCACGACCGCAGAUCCGAGAGGAUGACUUCGACACUAAAUUCCCGUUGGACGUUGAUGAUGCUGAUUUUGAAUCGGAAAAACCCCCCGCGAAAGAUUCAGAUCGCUUUACCGACAUGACCAUCGCCCGCAUGCGGUUCGAGUGCAACGAAAUGAGCCGGUUGGUGUGGUUUGAAAGACCGCGUAUCGAAAAGAAGCAAACGAGCUUAACUGCCGUGUUGGCGAAAAUCCAAAACUUCAGAAACGCCAUGGAAAAGCGAUAUCUGCCACUGUUGAACAAUAAAAACCCCGUGCACUCGCAGUGGCAGCUGGUGUACAACAUUCUGUCUCUGAAGCUGAUUAUCACCGUUCUGCAUCGAUAUAGCAGCAACGUAAACCGCUUCAUGCCCGAGCGACUGAGACACAUGGUUCUCAGUUCAGGGACGCUGAUGUUGGAAAGUGCCAUUGCGCUUGAGCAGUCGCCUUUAUUGAGACCGUGGGCUUGGUACAGUGGAUCCUAUCAACAAUGGCAUACAGCCCUGCUCCUUCUCUCUGAGCUCUACGCCAAAGAUCCUAACCCGUCGUACGAAGAGCGCGUGUGGCGCUGUCUCGACUAUGCCUUUGACCUGCCACCCAACAUCUCCAUACUCGAAAAGGCCAGAUACGUCCUCAGCGGCAUCCGCGACCGCACUCUCGUCUACCAAAGCAUGCGCAAGAUGCGCGCUCCAAUGACCAUGGAGCAGCCCACGACAAUCGGCGGACCCCGCCCCCUGGCCGCCGACUCUAGUCCGCGCAUCUGGUACCCGAACCUGGCACGGAGCGCACGUGCGCGCAUGACGCCGUCGCCGGGCGACGUCAGUGGCACCAACAGCACUGCAACAACACCCCCCGCCCCCGCCACACCGAUGCUCGGCCAGCCCCAGUUGACACCAACGACGGCUGCGGGCAUUUAUCCGGCCGCUGCAGCUUACGCACGCCAGAACUUCCAGGCUGCGCGCGACGCGUACGUCGCGUCGAGCGCGCCGCCGCCGCACUUGCAUGGCGCCAUGGCUAGCUACCACAGCAGCCCGGAUAGCAGUGUGGGGGUUCCGCGGGGUGGUGAGUAUGGGGUUGUUAGCGGUGGUGGUAGUAGCCCGGGCGAUGAUACAAUGCUUGAUAUUGACUGGAACGAGUGGGACAGGCUGUUCCCACAGAACAUGGGCGCGGCAGGGGAUAUGUACAUUCCCAAUUUCAAUUUCCCGUCGGUGGAAGACAUGACGAGCUGGGGGCAGCAGAUGGGGCAGCAGCAACAACAACAACAACAACAACAACAGCAGCAGCAGCAGCAGCAGCAGCAAUUGCCGUCUCAUCAGCAACAUCAGCCGCAGAGGCUGCAUCCGCAUCCGCAGCAGCAGUAG